AUGCUUUUCUUAACUUUUUAUGUGUUCCUUGCCGUAUUUGUGCAUGCAAACCCUCAGAAAGAAGAAGAGGGACGGUCCUUGAAUUAUUUCUUCCAAAGAACCAGGUAGUGUUACUUGAAAAGCUGUACAGAUGUACUUUUCUAUGCUUGUUUCAGAAGCUUGAAUGGUGGCCACGCAACUGAUGGAGAUCCCAAAAUUAACGAUGAAGUCUAUCGAAUUUUCAUGCUUACAAUCCUAGACGGCUUCAACAUUUUUAAAAUAAAAAUGUACAAUGACCGUUCGUUCAUUUAUCUGACACGCCGAAACUACUGGCUUGGCGACCGUUAUUAUUAUAUGGUUUGUGAGAACGACCUUCGAAAGAUCAUGAUAUAAGAAUUACAGGAUAAUUAUUAUUACCUUGCCACCCGGGAUACGUGCGCAUAUCGGAUGAAUGAGACGGAACGUCAACAUCUUUUCUACGAAGAAGAUAAUAUGCCAAUAUUUGAUAUUAUUUAUCAGUACGUGUUUCUUUUCACUUCAACUUCUCUGACUUUUUUUUCAGGUGUCAACGAUAUCAAGAGUACUGUUGUGGCCUGAAUUGCUGUAAAAUCGACCAGAUCGGUAGACACGACGAGCCACGCCGGCCACCGAAAUAUCCAUGGCAGGAUCCAUGGCACAUGUCCGCGACAUCAGCCAAUCACACGUUUAUCAUUUUCAUUAUCAUGCUUAUCAAUAUCUAUCGAACAUGCCUUACCGUAUGAAAAAGUAAAGAAGCGCAUAUUUUCGAGAACUUCUUGGAAGCAGCGCAGCGCUCAUUCUCUCAAGAGGCAAUAUUCAAAACAAUCGGCGGAAGGCUUGAUGGACACUUUCGGUCCUUUUCCUCCAAUUUCUCCACGUUGUCUGCCAUUGUAACGUUACUUUUCAGCUCAUGUUUUCAGCUAUAUCCAACUUUUUUAUACAUAAUUCACGCUUCACGCACGUGACUCAUUGCGGAACUUCCAGAAGUCGUCAACUUUCCCAGAUUACGCCUCCUUGCGUUGUCUUCUGCACUGGUCUUAGAACACAAAUCAAAUUUCGAGUCAAAAUGCUCACGUAAUCCAGAAACAAAACAUGAAUAAUUACUCUUGCUUUGUAGCGCGCCUUCUUCUUUCUCUCCACACUUCUGAAUCCUCGACAGCUCGAACAAAACAAUUAGGGCACAAGUGUAUUAUUUGAGCAUUGUUUUCUCUCAUCUUGUUUUUUCUGCUUCCAUUGAAGAACACAUUAUUUUCCUCAUAACAAAAAGUUCGGAAUAUGAAAAAUACUGACAUCUUUUGGUCUUCCAUUAAUAAUUCGAUACUCGUUUAUUCUGAAUGUAUGUAAAGAAACUAGUCCUAAUCCAGUAAGUCUGCCUAAAACAAGAUGGACCAAAAUGCGACACCCCAAAGAAUCCAAUCUAAUUUUGCUCGCAACGGUGCACAGAUUUCGUCAUGCUUCUCGGCUUUUCUCCUCGCGAAAUCUGUCACUGACGCGCCUAAUUUGAAAUUUGAUGAAAACAGCAAAGUUUCGGCUUUCUUUAGCGUCAAGUCAGAUUUCCCUACCCUACUAAACUUUUAACUCAUUAGACGUUUGUGAGUGAUUUUAAAGAGCCUAGCUCAAACCACUUUUCGUUUCUCUUUCUUUUCUCCUCAACAAUGUAUAAAUGAACCUGCACCCCAAUAAUUGAUCUCAUUUCUCAAAAUCGGAAUGGACCUCAUAAAAUGGUUUUCUUCACAAGAUGAGAAGCGGCGCUCCUCUUCUUCGCACACUUUUCCUCCUCCUCUUGUUCCUGCUCACUCAAUUUUUCUGGCGCUGCAGAUUGAAAGACACUAACUAACUAAAUUGGCCGCCGACUGAUGAACGUGUAGUGAUCAAAAAUGUGUGCAUCGAGCUUCUGGCGGAGAGUACGGCCCAAUCCGCUCGUGUUCAUUUUUUGCGUCAGUUCGUGUUGUUUCACUUUUGGGUUGUCCAUUGCUAUCUAUGAUAUCAACAAUUACGGAAGCGGUUUGUACUUGGUGGGUCAUUUUUUCCAAACUUUUGAACUCGAACUGAUCCGUGAACAUUUUUUCAGGCAUUGGUUUCAAUCGUUACAGUGGUCAUCGUCGUUGCAUUCUGUCUGGUCGGAACAGAGGAUCAGGUAACUUUUCAAUGUUGUCAAACUAUAUUUGAUUUCAGUAUUAGCUUCUGAUUUUGCAAAAUUCAGCUGAUAGCCAAUGCGUUUUUAGUUUGCCUAUUUUCAGAUUUAUUUUGUCAUUCAUUUUCAUUUAGCCUCGUCGUGUUGCUUGCGCUGCGUCGUUUGAAAAAAACACUUGAUUUCGUCGCAUUUUGUUGUGAACUUUUUUUGAUUUUGUGUGCGUUAAAAACAAAAUAUUGCGCGAAAUUUUGAGACUGAGCCCACAGUGGCCAAGAAAGUGUGGUCAACGACGCGCCAAACAAUGCGACGAUUUAAAAAGGAACCAUCAUCGAGGAUGCCGGCGGGGAUCGAAAUCCGAAUAGUGAACAUCGAUUUGGAAGCGGAAGGAGCACGAAGUUGCUCCUCUUCGGAAGAUCACAAUGCCAACAAUUCGCCACUUUGA